GAAGAACAGUUGCACGGGGCUCUAGAGGCUGUGGGCCCACAGCCUAACUAGCCCCAUAAAACACCCACGAAGAAGAACAUUUGUGCUUGCUGCUGUCUGCCGUGACUCUGGAGUGACUGGCGGCGGUGAUGACGCAGGAGGCCUCUGGUGCCGAGACACGGGUGUGCAGAGCGGCCAAGACUGCGGCCCAGCACCACCUGGCCCGACCAGGCAGUCAUCAAGACCAACUGUACCCGACACUUGUGCCCUAAUGUAACGCACGGUGCCCGACCUUAAGACCCCUAACUACUAACGACGUGCAUACCUUUAGGGGUGCGUUGCUUCGCUCACCCACCGCCUCCGAGCGAGCCUUCCUUCCCCUCUUCUAUAUUCAACCAAAUGAAAGAGGAGAGGAGCCAGUGGGAAGCUGUCAGCUGUGUCCGUAGUCGACGAGAUUCAACAAAGUAAGUGUCCUCAGUCUGGAUGAGUUGGAUGAAGCCAGCAUCAUGAUCUCGUGUGGGGACGCCCAGGACUGUGCCUUUUGGGCGGGAGUACUUAGAGCACCACCAGGGGGAAGUUGGCCUGUCCCCCCACAGCCCAGCCAGGUGCCCCCACACAUGGAGCUCCUCAGGCAACUCAACACAGUGUCCAUCAACAGCUCCAAGGAAUGGUGGGACAUCUGGCACAGCAAGGAUGGGCUGGCGGAGGAGGAGCUGUACGUGAGUGGCUCCAGAGUGGUGUGGUCCCAAGCUCAGGCUGGCCGAGUGGCGUCCCGUUAGGUUGUCAACCCGCGACUCAGCUGUGGUACACACCAUGUUUGCCACCUUCUACACCUGCCCAGACCAACCGUCCCUGCUGGGAGAACCUGUCCCUCAAGAACCCACAGGUUUCCUUCAGGCGAGUCGCUGCAUCGUGGAGCAUGACUGCCUAACCCUCGUCACGGAGAAGGAGGGAGACCACUACUCUGUUGCUCUCCCAUGCCCGGUGAGGAGGGUGUGGCCAAUCAGGUACGGGAUCCUGCUGGAGCAGCGAGUGACGGCCUCAGAGAUUGAUGCCCAGAAGAAUGAACCGGAAAGUCUCCCGACCUUUUACAGUUUGCUGAACCCGCUGGACGAAACCAAUCCGCUGCUCUAUUGCACAGGCUACAGCGGGUCAGACCGUCCCGCCUACAUGAGUGAUUUAGCGCAGCGGGCCGUCUUCAUGUCCCCAGACCCCUCCUCCUGCAUCCUCUUCAGCUCGGGCAACAACAGCCACACCACAUGGAAGACACGCAGGGCCAGGACAGAGGUGAUUGUACCGCCACCCUUGUACCUAGUGGUCCAGCCCCUGCCAGCCCUCACCUACAGGGCAAUAGGAGGGGUGCUGGACCUGUGUGUGUUCCAGGGGCCCACUCCCAAUGAUGUGGUGCGGCGGUACACAGCGGUGGUUGGCAAGCCCUUCCUGCCACCCUGUUGGUUCCUGGGCCACCAUCAGUGCAGGUUUUGCUACGGGUCCACCAAGAGAACGCGGGAGUCUGGCAGCAAACACGGGAGGCUGGGAUACCCUUUGACACUCAGUGGAAUGAUAUUGACUACAUGAAAGACCGCAAUGACUUCACCAUCGACCCAAAGAACUUCAAGGACCUGCCGGGCUUUGUCAAGGAGAUACACCAGGUGAGAGAGAGAGAGAGAGAGAGAGAGAGAGAGAGAGAGAGAGAGAGAGAGAGA